AAAGGUCAGUUGGUUCCGUCGUUAGGUCUUGUUAGUUCAUCCUUCUCCAAGUUUCUAAUGGAUUGUAGUCGUCAAAACCUGGAGUUUUGCAUAUUGCGAGGUACACUUACAUAUGUGUCUGAUUCGUAAAUCGCAGUGUAAUGAAAUAUAGCAAAGAGAUCGUUGGAGAAAAAUAUUUAACAUUCAAGUUUAAAUGACUUAUCCUGUGCAAUCUACGAAGAUAUGCAUAAUCGUAUUUAACAUUCGCGGUUAUGACAAAGACACAGCAGUUACGCAGCAUUUAAUGAUAGGAAAAUGUAAUUAUUUUUCGAUUUAUAAAAAUAAGUUUCGUGAGAAAGUGUAUAAUAAGUUGUGGACAUAUAAAUCAACAGCCUUUUGCAGGAUCUUAUAUGUCUGUUUAUAAUCAUAUGUUGUAUACAAUAAAUAUUGGUUACAUGUGAACAAAACAAUUGAAACCUGAGUUCAAAAUGAACGAUUUAGAUAACUCUGUCAUAAUCUUAACUCCAAAGCCUCAGAGAAAAGAGGCACCUGCAGUGUCAAAGACACAGAAAAAGAAAUUCAAAAAAACCUACUAUGAAAGCCCCUUAAAAUAUAUUAAAUCCAGUGUUAAAAGAUAUGAGCAGAUGCGAGUACAGAAGAAAUUAAUUCGUAAUGCUAGGCGAGCUUCUGAAAAUCAGAGAUGGAUGUUACCACCUAUAGAAAAUGAGUCCUUAGAAGAUAGUGUAAUUGUUCUAAGUGACAAUGAAGAUCAAUCAACUAGGAAGGAAACUCGAAAUAAAGCAGAGAGAAGGACAAAAAAACGACCUUUGGAGUUAUCAAUAGAUAAUAAUAAUCAAAAUUCAGAAUGUUUACAUAAUCCAAGUAAAAGACGAAAGAAAAAUGAAACAGAUCCACUGAUAAAAGGAGGAAACAGCAAUAAAAAGAAUUCGGGAAUUACAACUAUUGUUUUAGAUGAUGAAAAAAUAGAUGGUAUUAAUCAAGGCGCAGAUGAAAUUGUCGUUGUAUGGUCAAACACAAAAACUUCGCCAGAACUUGAUAGUGAGUUACAAAAUGGAUCUGUAAUUCCAGAAGAGGAUGUAUCUUUUAUGAUAGAUCGUACACCAGAUAUGAAAAAUCUAAGUUGCUUGAAAGAGGAAUUAAUAGAUCUAGUGCCAGAAAUAGAGGAAAGACAAGAAAAUAACAAACGUGGAUUUCCGUCUUUUAGUAGUUUUGGGCUAAAAUUACCCAAGGCUCAAAAUAUAAGUGGACACAUUAAAAUGAAGAAACCAACGAGGCGUAAUAGAUUACGAAGUAAACGAAGAAUGCCAAGUUUGCCUCAAGUAUUUAGCACAUUUCCUCCAUAUAGUACACCUGCAAUGUUCAGUAGAGUUCCUGCGUGUGCAGGAAUCAAAUUUGGUACCUUUGAUACAUCGUUUGAUAUUGACCACGAUGACGAUGUAAUUUGUGAAGGUUCAGGUGCUAUAAUUUGUAGAGCUGUAAUUGGUACCUAUCCGAAGCCUGCACAUAAAUUUGGUACAGCUCCUCCUCUUCCUCCUCUUCCUCCUCCUGCUGUUCCUCCUCCUCCUCCUCCUCCUCCACCUGCUGUUCCUCCUCCUCCUCCUCCUCUUAGAUUUGGCAACAAUCCGUUACCUCCAUACAUUAUGCCUCCAACAGAACAACAUCGACGAUGUAUGCAAAGACAGUUUCCAGCAUCCACAAGUUACACAUGUGGAUCAGGUUCUGUACCAUACAGGCCUGCCUCGCCGACUCCUGAUCCUGUGCCGUUUAGAACAUGUAGAACAUUUAAAAGUGGGACAUUAAGAGACAUAAUUAUUGACGGCAACAACGUAGCUAUGCAACACAAAAGUGGUAAAGUGUUCUCAGAGGAAGGAUUAAAAUUAGUUGUAGAGUAUUUCCAACAGAGGGGUCACACUGUGAAAGUAUUUUUACCUCAAUCUAGAUUUUCUCCUUUACUUGAGAAAUGGUACACGGAAGGAAUAGUAGUUUAUACACCUAGUCGUCGAAUUGGCAAUACUAACAGACGGAUAACACCUUACGAUGAUCGGUAUAUAUUAGAAUAUGCGACGUUGUGCGGGGGUAUUGUAAUUUCUUCAGAUCAAUAUAGAGAUCUUUAUGCAGAAAAACCGGAAUGGCGGGAUACGAUCGAGAAACGAUUGAUGGCUCCAACGUUUGUAGGAGAUUAUGUUAUGUUUCCUUCUGAUCCUUUAGGUAGGCGCGGUCCUAAUCUUGAAACAUUUCUAAGACACUGAAUAUAAAAAGGUAUAUGUUGAGUAUACAUUGUAAAUAUUACACGACAGCAGCGAGUUUUCAUAAUUAUUUCUAUAAGCUAAAAACACAUUUUUCUAAAGUUAUACAUUCAUAUAUAAACUGCUUUGACGAAACAGCGUUUUCAUAAAAUUAUAUCAACUUUAUUUCUUUCAUUAAGUUUUAUAUUUCAUAUGUACCAAAAUAUUGCCUUUGGUAUGUACAAAGAAUACGGGUUUUGUUUACAUUACGUUAAUUGUAUCUGAGAUAUAUGUGUAAAUGGGUGACACAUGAAAAUCGCAUUUUUAAAAAUGAUCAAAAACAAAAAUGUUCCGUUCCUGUAAGAAUGUAACACAUUUAUAUUAUCCAUUUUAUAUUGAAAAAGAAUAUUUCGUUCCUAAAGUAAUGUAACCCGUUUAUAUUGUAUAUUGUAUAUUAAAAAUACUUUAACAUUUGAAUAAAUACUGAUUCGAA